AAAAAAAUUGCAGAGAAGCGGGUCUCGUAGUUUUCUUCGGAAGGUGUCAAAGAAUCGCCAGAUCCUCCUAGCUUCUUCACCCACUACGAUCUCAGACUCCACUUACCAAGAUGGUGUACGAAAUAACUGAGCAGAAAAAAGUUGGGUUGGGACUCAUUGGCUUUGGUUUAUCCUUUACGUUUCUCGGUGUCAUCUUGUACUUUGACAGAGGUUUGCUCGCUUUAGGAAACUUGUUCUGGUUGAUAGGUGUUGGCCUUUUACUUGGUUGGCAGUCGACUUAUAGACUAUUUACCAACGUUAAUAACUUGAGGGGCACUGUCUGUUUCGUCCUUGGACUCUUUCUUAUAUUUGUACGUUGGCCCAUAGUCGGCAUAGUCUUGGAGAUAUACGGUGUUAUUGUUCUAUUCGGAGGAUUUUGGUCAACGGUAAAGGCAUUCCUUUCCCAGAUUCCAUUUGUUGGAUGGAUAAUACAGUAUCCUCUCAUGGUUAUUGAGCAACUUGUAAGAGGUUCUCGUUGAUACAGAUCCAUCUCAAUCUCAAGGCUCUUCAGCCUCCUCUCUAGAAUUCCAAAACAACUGCUGCUUACUUUUUUUUGCUUCUUCUUGUAGAAACAGCAACACAUAAAUUUUGCUUUCUUCUUCUUUUUUUGAGACCAAGACAGAGACUUUGCUCUGUUUUUUAUCUUUUAACCUUUUGCUCUGUUUCACUUUUAACUUUUUUUGCUUUAUCAUAUCCCAAAAGUAGUUUAAAAAUG